CGCCGAGGAGUGUAUAUGCCGCAUGGUGCAAAAAGAAGCGUAUCAACAUGAAAUCGAUUUGCUGCGAAAGAAGUCACCGUUGCCAAAAAGUUCCAGUAUUUAUCAACUGACACCAUACUUAGAUGAAAAGGGUUUAUUAAGGGUUUAUGGGAGGAUAGACGCGGCUUAUUGCCUGCCGAUAACAGCACGCAGACCAAUCAUCUUGCCAAUAAAAAGCCACGUCACGAGACUAGUAGUAGCCGCGCAGCACCAAAAGAGACACCACCAAAACGACAACCUUACAAUGAAUGAGGUACGCCAACGGUUUUGGGUUCCCGCCAUACGUAACGUCUUGAGGACUGUCAAAAAGCAGUGCCCUGUCUGCAUACACGACAGAGCUAAACCCGCCGUACCGUUGAUGGGUCAGUUGCCGCUGGAUCGACUAACACCAUACGUUCGACCUUUUACGUACAGCGGAGUAGACUACUGCGGCCCAUUUCACGUCACCAUCGGUCGCAGAACGGAAAAAAGGUGGAUCGCAUUGUUCACAUGCCUUACUACGCGAGCAGUCCAUCUCGAGCUAUCAGAAAACCUGUAUAACGGCACCAAUUUCAUCGGUGCCCAGAAGGAGAUGAAAGAAGCAGACCGAAUGUUCGAUUUCACCGUCAUCGGAAGCGAAAUGUCCAAACAGCGUAUCGAAUGGGUGUUUAACUGCCCCGCAGAUCCCAGCAGUGGAGGUUGUUGGGAACGGCUCAUCCAAUGCACUAAGCGACUCCUGCAUAAAGUUUUCAAAGAGGAGGCACCGAGGUUGGAGACGUUCCGUAGUGUCCUCAUUGAAAUAGAAAAUAUCGUAAAUAACCGCCCAUUGACCGAUCUGCCAGUCACGCCAGAAGAGGAAGAACCUCUCACACCCAACCAUUUCCUAGUGGGUUGCUUGAACUCUACGCAAACGCCACAUCCGGAAGAGAACCGCCUAUGCCUCCGAAAGCAGUGGAGGAUCGCCCAGAAUUUGAAGGACCGUGCAUGGAAAAGGUGGACGGUAGAAUAUUUGCCUCGACUUUUAUGUCGCUCGAAGUGGAGAGACGACGCAGAUGCGCUUAAGCCGGGAACACUUGUUAUAAUAUGUGACCCCUCAGCACCACGAAGUCAUUGGGAGAAGGGGCGAAUUACUGAGGUUUUCAAAGGAAAUGAUGGCCGAGUCCGAAGUGCCAACAUCUAAACCUCGCAUGGAGU